AUGGUCUCUGUGAGCUGCCAGGAGCUGCUGCCCUCCUUGACCAGCUCUUCCCUGCUCAAGAGCUUUGCCAGUGCUCUGCAACACACCAUGCCACCAUCCCUUCUGCCAGGGCAUGGCAGCGAGAGGGUGUCUGGCCAGCCGGAAGGCUCUGGCCAUCUCCUUGCAGGUAGCACCAGCCACUCUGACGGCACCCCGCUCCCCCUGCCCGGUGCAAAGGGGGAAGACACAAAACCCCAAGUCACUGCCUGCGAGGCUCACCUCAGGCUGCCUGACUUCUGCAGCAGCCUCUCCCAGGACUUCAUUCCCACCCUGGAGGAGAUUGAGGAGUUCCUACAGGAGAAGGCUGAGUACCUCAAAAAUGAAGCACAUGAGCUUCACCCAGCUGGAGGGAAGGUUGAGAUCAAAUCUGAGAUCAGCUUAGGUAGCUCUGGGGGACAGCCUGUCUCCAGUCCUGGAGGGACAGCUGAUAGUAGUGACCAGGCAGUGGCCACUGGAAGCAUUCCUGUUGUCCUCCAAAUCCAGCCUCUCCAGAUGGACAGUGGCAGCCCGCUAGCACAGAGUGCUACAGGCGGUGUCAGGGUGGCCCAGCUGGUUAUCAGCUUGCAGGGCCAAAACCUGUCCCUUCUCCCUCAGGUCCAGCCCCCUGUGACCAUCACGGACCAAAAGUACAUCAAAAUUGCCCCCCUGCCGGUUGUCAUGAGGCCAGGGGCACCGGGGGAUGUGCAAGAGGUAGAGGCAACCCCCAAGUAUCAGACCCCCCCUUCCCUCGUCCGCAUCCAUAAGUGCUCGCACCCGGGCUGCGGCAAGAUGUACACCAAGACCUCCCACCUCAAGGCUCACUUUCGUCGGCACACCGGUGAGAAACCCUACACUUGUGCUUGGCCCAACUGUGGCUGGCGGUUUUCCCAGUUGGAUGAGCUCUGCCGUCACAAGCGUUCCCACUCCGGGGUCAAGCUGUACCCCCGGACUGACCAUUUAGCUAAACACGUGAAGAUCCACCGGGGCCAGCCGUAUGGCCAGCGGAUGCUUCAGACCGGCAGCAGAAAUUAA